UAAAACAGAUACCAAAACUUAUCCAUUUGAAAUGCAGGCUUUUAUUUCUACUACAUGGUGUGUAUACAUUAAAUAGUCAGCUGAAUAUCAAAUCCUGUAGGGGACCAGAAGAUACUGAACUACAUUUUCAGUAUAAAAGAGGGAAAGACAACUCGAUAUUAGGGACUGGAAGUAACUUAGAAUUAAGAGGGUACACUGUGUCGAAGGCAUCAACAUGAGUCGUCAUACUUGGAAUUUUAGUCACCAAAAACAAGAACAACAAAUAGUAGAAGAAGAAGAGGAGAACAGAUAUCCCCGUGGCCACGUGCAUAACCAGCAGGAUCGGAAUCAUCUUGACCCCAUGUCCAGUAAGUGUGAAGUUGCAGAGUUAACAUGGGAAAAUGGGCAAGUCGCCAUGCAUAGACUUGGAAGCAACCUCCCCAAGGAGCAAGCAAAACACACAUGGGGAAAGGCUGGUGACACACUAGAGUCAAUUGUACAUCAAGCCACUUUCCAAAAUCAAAAUCACAGUAGUAAAUUAAUGGGAAUUAGUGAUGGCCAUAAUACUCAGGCAAACAUCGACAGGGAGAAAAAUGCAUCCUAUGGUGGUCAACAAACAAGAGGAGUACUAAAGAGGAUGAGAUCAGAUUCUGACCCCCAAUUAUACAGUGGUGGAAGAUCAGUAGAACUUAUAAGCGCCCAAACAAAUGCUAAGGAAAAUGAUAUCACCAUGGUGACAUGGCCUUGUAACGAGGAUUCUGACUGCCAUGGUGACUCGGAAAACAAGGAGGAAGAACGUGAAACAAAAAGCUCCAACCUAUUAAAACGCAGCCGAAGAGCUGCUAUUCAUAACCAGUCAGAGCGGAGACGCCGAGAUAGAAUCAACGGAAAGAUGAAAGCUCUGCAGAAGUUGGUGCCAAAUGCAAGCAAGACAGAUAAAGCGUCAAUGCUGGAGGAAGUGAUAAGGUACUUAAAGCAGCUUCAAGCACAAGUUCAGUUGAUAACCAGUGCUAGAAAUAUGGAGCAACAAAUGAUGAUGAUGUCUCUAGGAAUGCAACCACAUAUUCAAAUGCCUUUACUAGCAAGAAUGGGCAUGGAUAGUACUGCAGGAAUGCUUAACAAUAUGACUGCUAAUUUACCUCGAGCUCCUUAUCACUCUCUUACUGCAGCUCCGCUCUUUUAUCCAACCUCAUCAAUUCCCACUCUUUGUCCUCCCUUCAUGUCACCAGCUUUUGCCAUGACAUCAUCCAUUCCUAAUGGCGACGCCGUCAGCUCUGCAGCUGCCCCUAAUGUUGCAACCACUUCAGUCCCUUUUAACCACCCCUAUAGUGCAUUUCUACCUCAAUCAAUGAAGAUGGAGUUCAAUAAUGAGAUGGCAUCCCAGUAUCAGUCAAUGCAGACAAGAAACAGCAAGUUCAACCAGGAAAACAUCAAUAUCCAAGACCAAAAAGAAUAAUGAUCAGAAUAUAUGCAUACUCACAUUUUUCUUAUACUACAUUAUAUUCCUCCAUUUGAUGCAUUUUCACGUAAACUACUUAGGUAUUUUAUAUAGUAUGGUAUAAAUUGUGGUAUGGUCUAAGUUUAAUUUGCUGUAAUAUUCUAGCAUAAAAGAUCUCGUGUACAUCAUUGUCUUAGUAUAUAUAAAAUUGAAGUACCCUUCCAAUUUUCGUAAUUGUACCAGACUACCCGUCAGUAUAUAUGGAAUCAAAGCUUGUUAUGAUUGGUUC